AGCAUAGUUUAUUACAUCUGGCACCACAAACAUGAAUCGAAAACUUAACGUCGCAGUACAUAGUCAGUAGUAGUAGUAGUAGUGUGGUGAAUUCGAUUAUACAUUACACUCAAUUCGUGUUGACAUUAAUUUGCACGCAAUACUCGCAGUACCCCUCUCCGCGCACUGCAUGCAAACAGCAAAAUAAAUUGAUCUCAUAUUUGCAAUAUCAGAAGCAAACAAAACAUAGCAGUGAACUUGAAUCGCUAACAGGCAUACAGCAAAUUGAUUACGGAGUCAACGUUGGAGGUUAGUAUGCUAAGAAUAGAAGCUCUAAUUUAUAAUCGUCAGUGUCAAAACACAAUGAGACGUGCUCUUCACCUGUCAACAUCUCUUUAGAAGCCUUUAACGUUAAGUAGAAAAUAAAACAUAAAUAAUUCAAAAUGAAUAUCACUGACGACAUCGAAUAUUCUAUCGAUAUAGACUUUGAAGAUGAAAUGUACAAUUCAACCAAUCAUAAUUACCAGUUUGGAAGAAUCGUAGCGAUUGGAAAUGAAGUCAGUAGUUUCAUCGGUGUUCUAUGCGAUAUUUUAAUUAUCUUCGCGAUAGUAAAAAAUCGACGCAUGAAAUCACGUCGUAAUAUUUUGCUACUAUACUGGGCCAUUUUUGAUGCGAUUGGUUUCGAAUUUUUUAUCGGUAUAGUCGUUCAUCUAAUAGAUUAUCUGAUGGAACCAACAAGUUACUUAUUCCACGUAUGUUUUGUGGAGUUUUCCGCGGGACUUGUUAAGAUAAAUUGCGUAAUUCUCAUGUUGUUGAUGGUGUCGACAACAGUUGCACGGAUGCAAUUCAUUAAAGGACGAGCGUUUGCAUGGUGCCUGUGUAUAGGCACUAUUGCAAUUUAUAUUUUAAACUUCUUUAUGUGCUAUUUUGUGUGGAAGUUCUUAGCGCUUUUCAAAUUUGCUGUGGUGUAUUUUAUAUUACUCGUGGUUUUAUUAGUGAAGGAGGUGAACAUAUGCCUAAAAGCUCGUAGAGAUGAUCCUAUUAGCGAAUCGACCAAAGUGAAAAUUAACAUUGUACGAAUCUAUGUCUACACUCAUAUUCUGGUAGUAUUUUUCACAUUUCUUUUAUUGGAAUUAUUUGACCAAAGCAUAUACCUUGCAUUUUUAAUGGAGUCCUUUUUGCAUUUCACUCCUAUGUAUAUAUUUAUAUAUCUGUGUGUAGUUGAUUUAAAUUUCCGAAGCGCUUUCAGACACUGUUGUAAAAAAUCGGAUGCCAAUUUAGACGCUACUGUUGUUUAUAAUGUUGAUGGAAAUAAGGAAACUGUAGAUUUUACUCGAUUGUAAUCACAUGCUUGUUAUAUAUUUGACGUGUACAUAUUUUGUAUAAAUAUAUUUUUAUAAAUUAAUAUUUUGAUUUUUUCUCCUACUAAAAAGUUGUUCAUCUUAUGAACAAAGUCAACUGGAGAUUACGCGAUUUCGCAGUAUGCAUAAAUAAGAUAAGUGCUUCCAAGCAAGUGACGAUAAUGACAUUGAAGCGGUCAGAACGCAUAUUUUAACUGAGAAAUUAAUGUUUAUUGACUAUGUACAUAUAUCAGGUUUAAAACCACAAUGUGACUACUUCAUCAACUACUACCUAAAAGCUUAAAAAUCCAAGAUGGAUUAUGAUUUAGAUGUGGAAGACGACCCUUUUCAUAACUCUACAGAUACUAAUUAUGAACCCUAUAUAGAAACUGCAUUAGAACUAUGUAGUGUUAUCGGUGUAAUCUGCGAUAUUUUAAUUAUCUACGCAGUUAUAAAAAAUCAUCGUAUGAAAUCACGUCGCAAUAUUCUCUUACUAUACUGGGCUAUUUUCGACGCUAUUGGUUUCGAAUUAUUUGUGGGCAUAAUCGUGGAUGUAUGGCAUGAUUUCUUCAGAUCCGAUAAUCAUUUAUUCGACGUAUGUUUGCUUGAGUUUACAUCGGGUGUAAUGAAGCUAAACUGUGUGAUUCUAAUGCUUCUAAUGGUAUCAACAACUGUUGCGCGGUUAGAAUUCGUCAAAGGACAACUAUUUCUAUGGGGCCUCUGUCUAGGCACAAUUUUAGUAUACAUAAUCAAUUUCUUCGUUUGCUACGCUAUUGCACCUCCAAUUUCGGCGAUUAAAUUCGUUUUUAUGUUUUUUAUAUUACUCGUGGUUUUACUGGUAAAAGAAGUGAAUAUUUGCUGCAAAGCUCAUCGAGAUGAUCCGAUAAGCGAAGAGACUAGAAUUAAAAUAAACUUAGUGCGAAUUUAUACUUACAAUCAUGCACUUCUAAUUUUCUUGGCUUACUUUGGCGAAAUCGCACCACAAUACUUUCUACAUUUAAUUCCUUUACAAAUGUUCAUAUAUUUAUGUAUUGUUGACUUAAAUUUCCGAAAUGCGUUUAGACUACGUUGUUGUAAAAGAACUGAUGCUGAUAUAGAUGCCACUGUUGUAUACAAUGUGAACGAAAACAAAGAAACUGUAGAAUUUACAAGAAUUUAAUUUAAUUUACAAUAAAAAUAUUUUUGAAACUUG